GAUCCCAGGCCACCUCCUUUGAACAUCACUGACUUUGAGGCCGUUCGAACUCUAGGCUAUGGCAGUACUGCCUCUGUCAUCUACGCGAAAGUUGUGCGGAAUAUCCAUCCAUUAGAUCAGUCUGGUAGCGUGUUUGCUGUCAAAAUUGUUGAAAAGAAACAACUACGUGAAGCAGACUCAGUGAAAAAUACCCCAGAGAGCAAGCAAGUAGAGCGUUCCAUCCUUACCGAGCUUCCUUGGAAUCCUUUCAUCUGUGGACUCAUCGGCACAUUUGUCGAUACAUUCAAUGUGUACUAUGCUUUCGAAUUUUGCCCCCAAAAUUCUUUGCGCGUAGUUCUUGACAUGGGCGAACGGUUGGAACCAACCGUUGCUCAGUUCUACUUUUGUGGCAUAGUUGCUGGGCUCGCUUUUCUCCAUGACCACGACAUUGUGCAUCGUGAUGUGAAGCCGGAAAACGUUUUUCUAGGCCCCGGGGGUUACCCUAUCAUGGGAGACUUUGGUACCGCCCGAAGGAUGCAGGACGAUUUCAUACAGGUCAGAGAAGAUGAACGCGGCCUCUCAAUUGCUCCUCCGAUGUUACCAUUUGACUGGCACGAAGUUGGAACAUUCGUCUACAAUGCCCCAGAGCAAUACACGGCGAUGACUGAAUCUCGAUAUAUCGGUUCCAGCGUAGAUUGGUGGGCAGCAGGGAUCACUCUAUAUGAAAUGCUAGCGCGAGAAUAUCCCUUCUACUCAAAAGACACUAAGAAGAUGGAAGAGAUGAUCAAACGAGGAAAAUACAGAUGGCCGAAUGACGUUUAUGUUGGCAAAAUAGUUAAAACGUUAGUUGCUGCACUGCUCGCCGUGGACCCUUUGGAGCGCCUGGGUACGCAUGGUGUCCAGGAGGUCAUGGAUUUUCCAUGGUUUGAAAAUGUUGAUUGGGCGAAAUAUCAUGCGAGGCAUUAUGUGCCUCCUACACGUGAAAACAUAUACCCUGGGGCAGGAGAGAGAUGGCACGAGUUAGCCCUACCACGCCCGCAGGACGUACCUGGUCUGCAAUUAACAGAACCUGCGAUAGAGCUUAGACAUGAUUCACGAUUCAAGUUUAAAGAAAUAUAGUAGUAUAAAUAGUUCUUUUGUAUAUGUUCAUAAACACGUCUUUUUGGAAAGUAAUUUACACAUGUAGUUAUAGAUGUUGGGUCAUUUGUUGUACGGACUUUUCGAAAACAGUUCGAGCAAGGAUCAUAAUGGAAACAAAAUUACUCCGUAAAAUGGUAUCCGGAUCCAUAUUGUUGUUUCGCUCAAUUCGACGGGCGCCCGACAUUUUGC